AUGGAGAUCAUGGAGGAGAGACUUAGGGCAUUCAGGGCCGAUAUUUCUGCGAGCCAGGGUGAAGCUCGAACUUCCUCGUUCAGGGAGUUCAAGGCGUGUGGAGCUCCGGAGUUUUCAGGGGUCCGGGAUCCCAUUGUGAGUAAACGCUGGGUGGCAGACAUUGAAAAUGCUCAGCGUACGAGUUCUUGCAUGGAGGAGGCCAAGGUCGGAUUUGCUUCAUGUAUGUUGAGGGACAGGGCCCGAGAUUGGUGGGGCGAGGUUAUUAGUCAGAUGGGGACAGUCGGUGUGGCUAGCAUGACGUGGGCUGAGUUUGUUCGACGUUUUGAUCAGGAGUUCGCACCACCUAUUGAGGCGCAAUGGAUGUUCUUUUACAUAUUCUACAUACAAACCCCAAUAGCUCGCCAAAUAAAGCGUUCUGGUUCGAAGAAGACAACAGGUAUGGAAGCUAUCUCGGUUCUUUCUGUAACUCAUCCUAUUGAAUCCAAAUUAACUCGUUUGAGGACAUUCUGCAGCCACAAGAACUCACAUGGUAGAAGUUCAGCUCAAAAGGGUAAUCAUAAAAAUGUUGGAAAGGGAAGACAUGUCGAUAAAUUGCAAAAUGAAGGUUUUGCUCCCGACAAUUCUACCAUGACAACUUUGAUGUUAUACAAUGCAAAUAACAGAUUUUUCACACAGGCAGAUUCCAUAUGGAAUGAAAUUAUAAACAGUUCUUAUAAUCUUGAUAUUCAAAGAAUUUUGGGCCUAAUUGAUGCCUACAUUGAAGGGAGGCUUUUUGAUGAAGUAAUCCAAAUUAUACAUCAAAUUAGUCUCAGGCAUCCUCAACUACAACACCAAGUUUAUGAAUACACCAUAUCUUGUUUUGGUAAGAUAAGAGAGCUUGAGUUAAUGGAGAAUAUAUUAAAAGAUAUGGUCUCAAAUGGUUUUCCUGUUGAUUCUACUAUGGGUAAUGCUUAUAUCAUGUAUUAUAGUCAUUUUGAUUCAAUACCCAUGAUGGAAAACGCUUACAAACUUCUAAAAAGCUCAAGACUUUUGGUUGAAAAAGAUGGGAUUAGGGCAAUUUCUCUUGCUUAUAUAAGGGACAAAAAGUUUCAUACUUUGGGAAACUUCUUAAGGGACGUGGGUCUUGGUAGGAGAAAUGCAGGGAAUCUUCUUUGGAACUUAUUGUUAUUGUCGUAUGCUGCAAAUUUUAAAAUGAAGAGUUUGCAGAGAGAGUUUUUAAAUAUGUUGGAAGCUGGAUUCGAACUUGAUUUCACUACUUUUAAUAUUCGAGUUGUAGCUUUCUCAAAGAUGUCUUUGUUUUGGGAUUUGCAUUUAAGUCCAGGCAUUGAACAUAUGAAACAUAAUGGAUUUUUCCCGGAUCUUGUGACUUAUGGUUGUAUUGUUGAUGCGUAUUUGGAUAGGAGAUUAGGGAAAAAUUUGGACUUUGCUUUGAGGAAAAUGAAUGUGAAUGAUUCGGGUGUUGUGUUAACUGAUGAUGUUGUGUUUGAGGUGUUGGGGAAAGGUGAUUUUCACUCUAGUUCGGAACCGCUUUUGGAGUUUAAUAGAGGGAAGAGAAGGUGGAGUUAUAAGGAAUUGAUUGCAACUUAUGUUAAGAAAAAAUAUCGGAGUAAUCAAAUCUUUUGGAAUUACUAA